AUGCGUUUUUCCAUUUCCUCCAACCUCUCUCCACCCCCAUUAAAACAACCACCACAUCAUUCAUCUCGAAAUCUAGGUUUAUCUUCGUCCUACUUAGCCCUAAAACCUGUCCUGCAUCGGCUGGGCAGAUGUGUCGCAUAUUCCCUUGCAGACUGGUCACUCCACACUCUUUGUUACAGGAAGGACCAGCUGGAGUUUAGCUGUUCAGCACACACACACAGACACACACACACACACACACACACACACACACCUUCAGGCAGGGAGAUGAGCCUCCAGCCCCGCAGCAGAGGCUGCCACCUCUUGAUGUAG